UCACAUUGGGUGGUUUUCCUUUUACAGGAGGAAAUGUAGAGAAACAAGUUGUAGUUUCUCUUUCGAAAACAAAAUCCAAACCAGUAGCUGCUUUCUACUACAUAUAUAUAUAUAAACACAAAACCCAACUUCUCAUUCACCUUUCAAGAAUCAAAAUCACUUCUUCUUUAAACCUUUCGCUAUCAGAGAAAAUGAGCGUUGAAGUUCUAGACAGCGCCACCAUUGUCAACUUCGUCCAGGACGAAGAAGCCUUCACAGUCUCAGUACGCGACCGUUUUGCUAAUCUUGACAAAGACCAAGACGGUUUACUUUCUUAUGGAGAAAUGUUGAAGGAAUUGCAGAGUCUUAGGGUUUUCGAGACUCAUUUUGGAAUAGAUGUGAAAACAGAGCCUGAAGAGCUUUCUCGCGUUUAUAAUGCUCUGUUUUUGCAGUUCGAUCAUGAUUUGAAUGGAGCUGUUGAUUUGGAAGAGUUUAAGGCAGAGACAAAGGAGAUUAUGUUGGCUAUGGCUAAUGGAAUGGGUUUUUUGCCUAUUCAAAUGGUUCUCGAAGAAGAUAGUCUCUUGAAGAAAGCUGUGGAGAGAGAGAGUCUGCUUCUAUUUUCGCUGCUUAAUUAAAAUUUUGGCUGGUUUUGAAUCAUUAAGCUUAAUUAGUGUGAUUAAGGUUUCUAUUUCUAAUUGCUUGUUUCCUUAGAGUUUUGGAUUGAUUACUGCCUUAAAAAUCUAGAAUUUAUUUGGUACAA